UUCGCUGUCGCCCAAUUCUUAAACCCUAAACCCUAAUUCUCUCUAAUGUCAAAAAAAACAGAGCUCCAAAAAAUUGAAAAGAAUUAAAAGACUUUACAAACAAUCAUAUCAAUUAAUCAAACAAAAAAAGAAUCAGUAGAAAAUGAGCAGUAGAAUUAAGCAAGAAGAAGAAAAGAAGGAAUUUUCAAUUUGGGAUUUGCCGGAUGUCCCAAUGGGUCAGCUUCCACCUCAUCUUCAGCUCCAGAGAACUCGCGUCGUUUGCAAAGCCGAUGCUCCUAUUCAUACUGAUAAUAUAAUAUAUUCGGGUGCCUAUGCCUCAAUGGGAGUUGAUAAUAGCUUGCAGUUAGAUAAUUUCCGUGACAACUUCAGAGUUGAAGUUAUUCGACUAACUAAGGAUGAUAUGGAGUUUGAUAUGAUUGGCAUUGAUGCAGCAAUUGCUAAUGCCUUCCGAAGGAUACUCAUUUCUGAGCUUCCCACGAUGGCUAUCGAAAAAGUCCUUAUUGCAAAUAAUACAUCUCUUAUUCAAGAUGAAGUCCUUGCCCACCGCCUGGGUCUCAUUCCAAUCAAUGCUGAUCCUAGGCUGUUUGAAUAUCUCUCAGCAAAUGAUACGGCAAAUGAAAAGAACACCAUUGUUUUCAAACUUCAUGCUUCUUGCAAGCGCAAGUCCGGCGAACCCCGUCUUACAGUAUAUUCCGAAGAGUUGAAGUGGUUACCAGGAGGUAGCGAAUUACUAAAGGAAACAGCAAAGGCUGAUUCAAAACCGAGUACCUAUACUUCAUUUACUGCCAAACAAGAUUUUGUGCUAAAGCCAAUUAGCCCAUCAGAAGACAAGAUCAUACUUGCUAAACUUGGUCCUGGUCAGGAAAUUGAACUCGAAGCUCAUGCUGUUAAAGGAAUGGGUAAAACACAUGCAAAAUGGUCCCCCGUCGCUACUGCUUGGUAUCGGAUGCUUCCUGAAGUUGUAUUGCUAGAAGACGUUGAAGACGAGGUUGCUGAAGAACUUAAGAAGAAAUGCCCCAUCAAUGUAUUUGAUAUUGAAGAUAUCGGCAAUGGUAAGAAAAGGGCAACCGUUGCUCGACCACGAUCCUGCACACUGUGUAGGGAAUGCAUCAGAGGGGGAGAAGAAUGGGAGAAGCGCGUGGCAUUACGGCGUGUUAAAGAUCAUUUCAUUUUUACUAUUGAAUCAACUGGAGCAUUGCCUCCUGAAGAACUAUUUACUGAAGCUGUCAAGGUUUUGGAAGACAAAUGUGAACGUGUAAUUACUGAACUCUCUUGAUUAUUUUUUGCCCAUCUCCACAGAAUGUGGCAGCAAGCAAAGGAUUAUUGAAGAUGGGAUUUGUAAUUUUGUAUUGAGAAAAUUAACAAUUUUGCUUAUUGUUUGGUUAAAAGUUAAUUAUUAAAAUAAUUAUCUUUUUUCUGAAGGUAAAAUUAUAUAUUUA